GAGCCAGGAGGAGAAGAUGCCCAAGAACAAAGGAAAGGGAGGCAAGAACCGUCGCCGCGGAAAGGGCGACGGCGAGGAGAACAAGCGCGAGCUCGAGUUCAAGGAGGAGGGCCAGGAGUAUGCGCAGGUCGUGCGCAUGCUGGGCAACGGCCGCCUGGAGGCCUACUGCUUCGACGGCGUGACGCGUCUGGGCCACAUCCGCGGCAAGAUGCGCAAGAAAGUGUGGGUGGGCGCUGGUGACAUCAUCCUCGUGAGUCUGCGCGAGUACCAGGACGGCAAGGUGGACAUUAUUCACAAAUACAACGCCGACGAGGCCCGCAGCCUCAAGGCCUACGGAGAGCUGCCGGACAACGCGCGCAUCAACGAGACGGCCGUGGACAUGGCCAUGGAGAACGACGGCGAGGACGACAUCGGCUUCGACUUUGACGACAUUUAAGCAGACUCACAGGCGACACGAAACGCCCGACUGGCCGGGGCGGCAGAGUGCUGCAGGCCAAGAGGACGAUAUUUGGACAGGGGGGUGGAGGCGCCACGUUGGGCCCUUCCCUCCCUUGUCGGUUGCUGCUGCUUGUAUAGCUAGGUGGUCGGAGGGGAGAAAGCGCCCGCUCGGAAGCGCGGAUAGAGCGCGAGAAGACCAUGGCGAGGCGAGGUCACCGGUAAUGCGAUGUAUUCAUUUAGUGGCUUGG